ACAGUUGUGUUCGUCGUGCGGCUGUCGUUCUGUUUAGACAGCAGCAUGAGCGGAUCCCCAGCGUGCGUCUGUUCCAGUUUCGCUGCGUGAUGGUCCACACUUUCUCAGCUCUUCUUUAAGUACUGGCUGAGCGAGUUAGGAUGUCCGAGAGACUUUUAUCAGCGUCUCCAAACUGGUACUGCUCCCGGUCCAGUGACACGAAUGUCAAGGGAGUUUUGGGGUUUGGAGCUAAAAAUUCAGUAUAUUUGCUGCAGAUCAGUUCACAAUCGCCAGCCAUCCUAGGUGAGCUGACUGGCCACAGAGAGCGAGUCUCGGGUUUUACUUUUUGUCGCUACCCUGGCCAAGAGGACCUCUGCGCAAGCUGCUCAGAUGACGGGACUGUCAAAGUCUGGGACUCGCAGAAAAGAGCUCUGCUGAAAGAACACAAAGCCCACCAGAGCACCAUAACAGCGCUGCACUGGUCUCCCAUUGAAAAGGACCUGGUGGUCUCCGGGGAUGAGAAGGGGGUUGUGGUGUGUUACUGGCACAACAGGAACGACACACACAGCUUCUUCCCUGAGCCCAGGAAUAUCUUCUGCUUGUCCUGUUCUCCUCACAAUGAGAACCACAUCGCUGUGGGGUACAAAGAUGGGAUGGUGAUUGUCAUUGACAUCAGUAAGAAAAACGAGGUCGUGCACCGGCUGCGAGGCCACGAUGACGAGAUCCACGGCCUGGCCUGGUGCCCCCAGCCUGGCGAGGAAGCGCUCUACAGCCGGCCGGCGGAGGAAAGCACAAUCCGCCUUUGGAGCACCAGGAAGGGAAAAGGGGUGAUGACGCUAAAGCUUCCGUUCCUCAAGAGGAGGGGAGUUGGGGUGGAUCCCGCUGUGAAGGAGAGGCUGUGGCUCACAGUGCACUGGCCUCAGGGGCAACCGACACACAUAGUGUCCAGCUGUUUUGGGGGUGAGCUGCUGUUGUGGGACCUGGUGAAGUCUGGUAAACAGAAGUGGGCUGUGCUGGGCCCUUCGUCUGAGGGACAGAACCACUCGCGGAUUGUCUUUAACAUGAGCUCCACGAGCGCUGAGGAGAACAGAGAACUUCUGAUCAGCAUCUCUAUGGACAGAGAUAUAAAAUGCUGGGACUUGUCUACCCUGGAGUGCUGUUGGACGCUGCCGUCUCUCGGCGGCUUUGUGUACGCGCUGACCUUCUCUCCCGUGGAUACCGGCUCCCUCGCCCUGGGCGUCGGAGACAACAUGAUCCGAGUCUGGAGCACCCUGUCCCUGAAGAACAAGUACGACACCAAGGCGUUCUGGCAGGGAGUCAAGUCCAAGGUUACAGCGCUGUCCUGGCAUCCACUGAAGGAGGGCUGCCUGGCAUUUGGAACCGAUGAUGGCAAGAUUGGCAUUUAUGAGGCCUAUUCUAGCAAGCCCCCUCAAAUAUCCAGCACAUAUCACCGAAAGACGGUGUAUACUGUAGCCUGGGGACCCCCGAUACCGCCUCUGUCAUUUGGAGACGACAGGCCUCCAGUGGCUCUGUACAGCUGUGCUGGGGAAGGGGUAAUCUUCCAGCACAACCCCUGGAAGCUGGCAGAGGAAGCCACUGAUGUUGAUAAAGUGAUUCGGGACACGAACAGCAUUAAGCACAAAUUGUCACCACACACUGAUCUCAGCUGGAAACCUGAUGGCAAAAUACUGGCCAUUGGGAAUGAAGAUGGGUCAGUAGAUGUAUUUCAAGCCCCUCACCUACAGCUGCUCUGCACCAUUCAGCAGCAUCACAAGAUCAUCAAUGCCCUCUGCUGGCACCACGAGCACAGCAGCCAGCCGGACCUCGGUUACCUGCUAGCUUCUGGCUCCAGCAACGCGGUGGUGUACGUGCACAACCUCAAGAGCGUGAUCGGUGAGCAGGACUCGGCGUGCACACCUUCGCGGGGUUUGUCUGUGUGGGACGUGCUGAAGGAAGAGGCCGUGUGCAACUACAGGGGUCACAAGGGCCGUCUGCUGUGUGUCCAGUGGUCCCCUGUGGACCCCGAUGUGGUCUGGACAGGAGGGGAUGACUUCACCGUCCAGGAAUGGGCUGUAUCCAAGCAGGAGCACACAAAGCCCCCAAAAGGAAAAAAGGGGAUUGAGCUGGAGAAAAAGCGGACCACCCAGCCAAAACCAAAGGCCAAGAAGAAGAAGAAGCAGCCCAGCCGGAACGACAGCAGGUCCGAGGACAGCGAGGUCGUCAACGGGGAGGAGGAGGAGCGCGGCGGCUCCGCGCGGCUGCAGGAGGGGCCCGCGCACCUGGAGGAGGAGGAGGAGGAGAAGACAGAAUCCCAGAGGACAGCCGCUCUUCCCAGGCCUGCAGCUUGGUUUAAAGAAUCUAGGAAGGAAUUUAGUCGCCAGGAAGACAAGGCUGUGUUGGAAAAAGUACACAAUGGAGGGAAGGCUUUUUCUUUUGUGAAAAGAGAGACAAUUAAGGAUGAGAAGAAAAGAGAAAAACAAGAGACGGCUGGCAAGAAGAGGAAGCCCCGCUCCGUCCUGCCGCUCAGCUCCGCCAUGGACCACCGGCCGAAGGAGGAGCUCCACGGAGACUGCCUGGCACUGGCCGCAGUCCGGCACGGCUCAGCUGUGUCAGGCCGGCAUGAGCCCGGAGCCGGGGACCAGAUUCAGCUCGGCUUGUUUGCAGACAGAAAAGCUCUCUACAGAAUGUUUGAGGAAGAAGAAAAGAACCACGUGGAGGCAGGUCACUGCGAUGCUGCUGUCUGCCUGCUGCUCUGGAAGGGGGACAUUGCUGGGGCGCUGCAGCUGGCCACUGAGAAGGGGGAGCUGACCGAGCACUUGGUCUCUGUUGCCCCAAUGGCCGGCUACCAGGUGUGGUCGAGGACCGUGGAGGCCUUCGUGAAACAGCUGUGCUUCCAGGAGCAGUUCGUCAAGGCCGCCUCGUACCUGCUCUCCAUUCAGAAAGUGUACGAGGCGGUCGACCUCCUGAAGUCCCAGCAGCUCUACAGGGAGGCAAUAGCACUGGCCAAGGCCAGGCUGCGCCCCGAAGACCCUGUUCUCAAGGAUCUGUACACGGCCUGGGCCGCAGUGCUCGAGAGUGACGGCCACUACUCAACAGCCGCCAAAUGUUACUUAGCAACAGACUCUGGCUUUGAUGCUGCCAAGGUGAUUGCCAAGAAGGGGGAUGUAACGUCAUUAAAAGUAGCUGCAGAAGUGGCCCUGAUCCUGGGAGAAAACGACCUGUCACACCUGCUUUCCCUGAGAUGUGCGAGGGAGCUGUUGAAUUCCCAGGACUGGCUUGGAGCCCAGGAAGUGCUUAAGACCCAGGAGGGCUUACUGGCACACCGGUUACUGUACUGCACCAACGAGCUGCUGGUCAAGAGCCUGGCAGGGGCAGAGCUGAUUAACUGGAGCAGCGCUUCCACCCACCGCUGGGCGCUCGGACCAGACGAGGCCCUUCUGAGGGGAGUGGGCAGGGUGUGGGAGAGGGAGUUCGGCGUCUCUGCCGCCGAUGUGGGCAGAGUGGAGCUGCUUCACCAGCAGCUGAAGACCGUGGAGAACCCGGCCGUGACCGUGAACAUCCCCACAAAACAGCUGCUGUCCCAGCUCUCCCUGGACCUGACGCUCGCCCUGCUCAGCUCCCUGGGGGGCUCCUGGGGGGCGGCACUGGAGGAGCUGCUGCAGGCAGCCUCCCGCUGCAGAGACGCAGGACACCUCCGUCUGAUGAAGGAGCUCUGCGCGCGCCUCUUCCCAUGCGGCCUUGAAUCCGUCCUGCAGUUCAAGGAGAAGCUGGACUCCGGAGACCUGAAGGGCGCGGCGGCAGUCCACAGCCUGGAGGCCUUUGUGUGUUACCUGCAGCUGUACGAGUUGUGGUGGGGGAACAGUGAGCCCACUGCUCAAGCUCAAGAGGGGGCAGGCAUUGCGCCCCCUGCGGCUCUCGUAGACGGCGGUGCACGUGACCAUUCUGACCCGCUGAAUGGCUCCGAGGGCCCGGGUGAAGUAAGCACCAGCCAGCCCCCGGACGCCGGCUCGCUCGCGGAGGCCUGCCUGUCCAAGCCCCACGCCCUGCUCCAGGCCACUCGCAGGGCCCUUGCCGACCUACAGCAGCAGCUGUCCAGCAUGGUGCAGCAGCACCGCCAGGCUCAGGACGGGCCCGCGGAGGUGGAGGCCGAGGCCGAGGCUGGACCCAGCGCGGAGCAGGCGGCAGCCGGGGAACAGGGACCGAGUGAGGAGCCUGGAUCUUUAAUACCCUUGGUUUCUCAAAUCGCCGAACAGAAUCAGCGACUGGAUGAGAUUCCCGAGGAUGUGAAGCGCCUCCCUUUCCCGGACGUGGUGGAGUGCUGCCUUGUCCUCCUCCACAUGGACCGUGCGCCUGAAGACGUGAAGGGCAGAGCUCUAGGUCUCGUGCAGCAGUACGGAAAUACAGACGCCCAGAGGAAGGCCUGUCAGAAAUUCUGCACAAAAAACGACGAACCUGCCGGAGAAUAAAAAAAAAAACCGUACCGAGUGGUUUUUCCGAUUUCAUUCCAGGAAUCCUGGAUCCGUUUCUCCACUUUUGUUGUGAAUACAGCAAGAAUACCUAGAUAGCAAACCGGCCUCAAUUUUGUAAGCUUGUAAAUAAUAAACUGUUUUUUCACUAUGGCAAGAAAA